GCGCUGCAAGGCUCGCGCUGCGCAGGCGCGCAGUUCUGCCUCCAACAACAAGAAGCAGGAGCCAGGCAACAUGGCCGACCUGGGGAAGAAGUACUGCGUGAACUGCCUUGCAGAUGUUACGAACCUGCGGCUUCGCUGCACCGACUGCCCCGAUAUCGAGCUGUGCCCGGAGUGCUUCUCGGCGGGCGCAGAAAUAGGUAAUCACCGGAGAUGGCACGGCUACCAGCAGGUCGACGGCGGUCGGUUCUCUCUCUGGGGUCCCGAGGCAGAAGGAGGAUGGACCAGCAGGGAAGAGCAGUCGCUGCUAGAUGCCAUCGAGCAAUAUGGAUUUGGAAACUGGGAAGACAUGGCCGCUCACGUCGGAGCGUCCCGAACUCCUCAUGAAGUCAUGGAACACUAUGUCACCAUGUACAUCCACGGGAACCUGGGUAAGGCCUGCAUCCCGGACAGCAUUCCCAACCGUGUGACCGACCACACCUGCCCGAGCGGGGGGCCCCUGUCGCCCAGCCUCACCACCCCUCUCCCUCCGCUGGAUAUCAGCCUGGCUGAGCAGCAGCAGCUGGGCUACAUGCCGCUACGUGACGACUAUGAGAUUGAAUAUGACCAGGAUGCAGAGAAGCUCAUCAGCGGGCUGUCUGUGAACUAUGACGACGAGGAUGUGGAAAUUGAAAUGAAACGCAGCCACGUGGACAUGUAUGUACGCAAGCUCCGAGAACGGCAGCGACGUAAGAACAUUGCCCGAGACUACAACCUGGUACCGUCGUUCCUGGGCCGGGACAAGAAGGACAAGGAGAAGGACAAACCUGGAGCGCUGGGAGUCAUAGGCGGUGCUGGUGGCGUGGGUGGGGCUGGAGCUGGUAGUGGCACAGUUGGAUCAGGUUCUAUGGCAGCAGUGGGAUCAGGUUCUGUUCCAAGUACACCCAAAAGAAAGAUCACCAAGGAAGAGAAGGAUCAGCGCGUCAGGCUACGGGGGCUCUGCCAGUUUAUGGCCCAUCGAGAAUUUGAAGAAUUUUUUGAGAACAUGCAUAAAGAGCGUGUGCUGAGGGCCAAGGUGCGGGAGCUGCAGCGCUACCGCCGCAACGGCAUCUCCCGCUUGGAAGACUCUGCCGAAUAUGAAGCAGCACGACACAAACGGGAGAAACGCAAGGAGAACAAAAGCGUGGUCACUUCCAAACGGGGCAGCGGCGGAGGAGGCGGGCUUGGCUCCGGGAUGGGACUCGGGAGUGGAGCUGGAGGGGGAGGAGGCGUUGCUGGAGGGUUGGGGGUUGGAGGCGGGAUCAAAGAAGAGAGCAAAGACGGGGAGUUUGCCGCCAUCGAGAAUCUGAUGGGCUUUGAGCUGCUGUCAGACAGGGAGAAGGUGCUGUGUAACUCUCUGAACCUCAGCCCGGCACGCUACCUGACUGUCAAAACCAUCAUCAUCAAAGAUCACCUGCAGAAAAGGCAAGGCAUCCCGGCCAAGAGCCGGCUGCCCAGCUACCUGGACAAGGUCCUCAAGAAGCGCAUUCUCACUUUCCUCACAGAAAGUGGCUGGAUAUCCCGAGACGCCUCUUAGUCGUCCAUCUUUGGUCAGGAAGUCAUAAGUUGAUGAUCUGAUAGCUGGCAGACUGGCAGAACUACUGGUUUUCACCAUUUUUCAAAGGUGACUAUGUGAAUAUGUACAUUGCAAAGAAUGAAGAUGACCCACUGGAAAAUAGUAUAUUUUCAUACCAGGGUUAGGAACAAAAAUAAGCCUAUAUUUUUACAUUUCGCCAGGGAUAGGGGUGAAAACAACUUGUAUCCAUAUUGUUACUAAUGAUGACAACUGCAAUGCAAACACGUAUUUUGUAGUUGCAGAGAUAUUUUAGUGUAUUGCAACAGGUUCAACGAAGAUGUCUAUGGAGAAAUCUUAUUUUAAAUCCAAACAGCAACUGGGCAAAAGCCAUUUCAUGCUGGAAAGCAUUACACUUCCUGGAAAUGUUUAAGAGUAGUUAUUUUGUGGGUUAGUGUUUGAACGUAUGGCACUGAUGGGUGAAAUUAUCAUGACCUAAUUUUGUCAGUUUUGUUAGGUUUCAUCAGUAAAAGCUGGACUUUCCAGCAAGAGCCAGCUGUUUGAAUAUGCUGUCAUUUUAAGGCCAUCAUUUCCUAGAAAUUGUCAUACACUAUCAGUAAACUCUGAUUUCUCUGA